AUGCCCCGCGCUAUCUUGGUCCUGAGGAUCUGGCUUGCAUUCGUUUGCCUUUUCAAUUUCGCCGUCGUUAACACCUACUACGGCAUGAGCGGUGGCCUUGGGAGUAGGGGGGCAGACUAUGGAAUCCUUAUCUCCUCGAUCCUCCUCUUUUUAUCGUGCCUCUACUCCAUCUGGGACAAGAAACCUCUCGCCGGCAACAAGUACAUCCGCGCCCUUUUGAUGUUGAUCCCCGCGCUGGCCCUUAUCGGCUGUUCGAGUUACUUGGUUCAUCUCCAGAUCACAAUGGCCGAUUUUUACAACGAAUACUUGCAAAAGAACCAGGGCAUCUCGUACAACCCCUUCACGUGUGAUUUCUAUGGAUAUGAAGGGUCGGGAAUUGGACUUUGUUUUCUUGUGCAGAGUUAUAACUUUGCGCCUUUUAUUACUGGUGUCUUUGUCAUCAUUGAAGUCCUAGUUACCCUCCUCAUGGGUCUUCUCUACCCCUCCAAGCCCGAGCACUAG